AUGAACAAAUCUAUCUUGGAAGAAAUACAGCCAAAGUGGUCUUUAGAAGCCAGGACGGCAAGACUUUAUCUCAUGUACUUUGGACGUGUUACCAGGAGGGACCAGUCCCUGGAGGAAGACAUCAUGUAUGAGAAGGUAGAAGCUUUAAGGGACAAUAGAAUUGAGCUGGUUCGCGCUUCCUGGCAUGAAUUGAGCAUCAGCGUCAGUGACGUGUCUCUCUCUGAUGAAGGGCAGUACACCUGUUCUUUGUUUACCAUGCCUGUCAAAACAUCCAAGGCCUAUCUCACUGUUCUGGGAGUUCCUGAGAAGCCCCAAAUUAGUGGAUUUUCAUCACCAGUUAUGGAGGGAGACUUGAUGCAACUGACUUGCAAAACAUCUGGUAGUAAACCCGCAGCUGAUAUAAGAUGGUUUAAAAAUGACAAAGAGAUUAAAGAUGUAAAGUACUUAAAAGAAGAGGAUGCAAAUCGCAAGACAUUUACUGUCAGCAGCACAUUGGACUUCCGAGUGGACAGGAGUGACGACGGAGUGGCAAUCGUCUGCAGAGUAGACCAUGAGUCCCUCAAUGCCACCCCUCAGGUAGCGAUGCAGGUGCUAGAAAUACACUAUACACCAUCAGUUAAGAUUAUACCAUCCACUCCUUUUCCACAAGAAGGACAAUCUUUAAUUUUGACUUGUGAAUCCAAAGGAAAACCACUGCCAGAACCUGUUUUGUGGACAAAGGAUGGAGGAGAAUUACCAGAUCCCGACCGAAUGGUUGUGAGUGGUAGAGAGUUAAACAUUCUUUUCUUGAACAAAACGGAUAAUGGUACAUAUCGAUGUGAAGCCACAAACACCAUUGGCCAAAGCAGUGCAGAGUACGUUCUCAUUGUACAUGAUGUUCCCAACACUUUGCCUCCCACUACUCUCAUCCCCUCCCUUACCACUGCAACAGUCACAACCUCUGUAGCCAUAACAACCAGCCCAACCACGUCUGCAACAACCAGCAGCGUAAGAGAUCCCAAUGCUCUGGCUGGCCAGCCUGGCCCUGACCAUGCUCUUAUAGGAGGGAUAGUGGCUGUGGUUGUAUUUGUUACACUGUGUUCUAUAUUCCUGCUUGGUCGAUAUCUGGCAAGACAUAAAGGAACAUAUUUAACAAAUGAAGCUAAAGGAGCUGAAGAUGCACCGGAUGCUGACACAGCCAUCAUCAACGCUGAAGGCAGCCAAGUCAAUGCCGAAGAGAAAAAAGAGUAUUUCAUUUAAAUGCAGGCCAAGAUUUGAGUUUAACUGCCCAGGCUGGCUGCUGGAGGAAACUGGCUAUCAUCUUUUGGAAUUCAUUUCUACCAUCUUCUGCUACCCUUAUUAACUUCCAUAUCGUACUGCUGUCAGUAGCCAGUGUACACCAACAAUCAGCUGUUGAAAGCAUCCUUCUUUAAUUACCGUACCAUCCAUAAUGCAGGACAUUUCCUACUGCCUAAAUUUCACACCAUUGCUCUUCUAACAUACAGUGCUUGAAUAUACAGCCUUAACAAUCAAUGUUAAUCAUCUCCUUGGAUCACAAUAUCAAAUUGCUUUUAUACAUUGAAAAAAUGUAUACGGGUUUUUUGUUUUUUGUUUUUCUUCUCACUCAUUUUCC